CAUGAUCACCAUACUUCCAAGUUCAAACUUAGUAGUACUAGUCUUGCCUCUUGCUUUCUUUACAAUCCCAUAUCAGCCUGCAGAAACAAAAUAUGGUGGUGCCUUCUCCGACUCCAACACGAACCAAGAAAACAAAGGCAGUAGGGAUACCGACCAUUGAUCUUUCUCUGAAUAUGUCAACGUUAUCGGACCAACUCGUGAAAGCUUGCGAAGAAUUCGGUUUCUUCAAAUUGAUUAACCAUGGUGUUUCGAAGGAGAUAAUUCAAAAGUUGGAAGAGGAAGGGGCUGGUUUUUUUGCCAAAGCCACCACUGAGAAGCAACGAGCUGGGCCAGCUAGUCCCUUUGGUUAUGGGUGCAAAAACAUUGGCCGCAAUGGUGAUAUGGGUGAGCUGGAAUACCUUCUACUUCACACCAGCCCUCUCUCCAUUUCCGAAAGAUCCACAGCUAUCUCCAAUGAUCCAACAAAGUUCUGUUGUGCUGUGAAUAAUUACGUGGGAGCAGUCAAAGACAUAGCGUGUGAGAUUCUUGAUCUAGUGGCCGAGGGCCUUCGGAUCCAGGACAAGUGCGUCUUCAGUAGGCUCAUUAGCGACGUCCAAAGUGACUCACUGCUCAGGAUCAAUCACUAUCCUGGUGUGAACGGCAUCGAUGAUUGGGACCCAUCUCCCAAACUUCAUCAGUGCAAAAGCAAUCGGAUCGGAUUUGGGGAACAUUCUGACCCUCAGAUCUUGACCAUCCUGCGAUCCAAUGACGUGGGGGGCCUCCAAAUAGCUCUGCAAGAUGGAUUGUGGAUCCCAGUCCCUCCUGACCCCAAUGAAUUCUUUGUGUUCGUUGGAGAUGCCUUACAGGCUUUGACAAAUGGGAGGCUUGUGAGCGUGAGACAUAGAGCAUUAUCAAACAGCUCGAUGAAGCCAAGGAUGUCAAUGAUGUAUUUUGGGGCUCCACCACUCAAUGCAUGGAUCUCUCCUCUAUCAGAGUUGGUGUCACCACAGAAGCCAAACCUCUACAAGCCAUUCACUUGGGAGGAAUACAAGAAAGCUGCAUACUCUCUCCGAUUGGGAGAUACCCGUCUUGACCUCUUCAAGAUUUGUACUCACCAUGAUCAAGAAAUAAUCAACUCAUUGAUCAAUUGAUACACAAUAUCAUUAAUUAAUGUACCAUGCAUGCAUUGAUCAUAUAUAGGACACAUGAGAAAUAGCUAUAGCUAGUUAGUUAGGAGGAGGAGGAGGAAAAAAAAAAAAUUAUAUACUUUUUGUUGUACAUGAUCAUAUUAUAUAUAGGUCUUGUU